GGAGGCCGCAAGCCGCCGGCUCUGGUUGGCUGGCCGCCCCCGUCCCUCCCCCGCCCCUCCCCCCGCCCCCGCCCUCCCGGCGCGGUGGCCGCGGAGAGAAAGUAAGGUGAAAAAGUCCAAGUGCUGCUGCGGGCGCGAUGGGGGCCGGCUCCUCAAGCUACCGGCCUAAGGCCAUCUACCUGGACAUCGAUGGACGCAUCCAGAAGGUGGUUUUCAGUAAGUACUGCAACUCCAGCGACAUUAUGGACCUGUUCUGCAUCGCCACUGGCCUGCCUCGGAACACCACCAUCUCCCUUCUGACCACGGAUGACGCCAUGGUCUCUAUCGAUCCCACCAUGCCUGCGAACUCAGAGCGAACUCCCUACAAGGUGAGACCUGUGGCUGUCAAGCAACUAUCUGAAAGAGAAGAACUCAUCCAGGGUGUGCUGGCCCAGGUGGCAGAGCAGUUCUCCAGAGCGUUUAAGAUCAACGAGCUGAAAGCAGAAGUUGCAAACCACCUGGCCGUGCUGGAGAAAAGGGUGGAACUGGAAGGACUUAAAGUGGUGGAGAUCGAAAAAUGCAAGAGUGACAUUAAGAAGAUGCGGGAGGAGCUGGCCGCCAGAAACAGCAGGACCAACUGUCCCUGUAAAUACAGUUUUUUGGAUAACAAGAAGCUGACACCCCGACGUGAUGUCCCCACUUACCCCAAGUACCUGCUCUCCCCAGAGACCAUCGAAGCCCUCCGGAAGCCCACCUUCGAUGUCUGGCUUUGGGAACCCAACGAGAUGCUGAGCUGCUUAGAGCAUAUGUACCAUGACCUCGGCCUGGUCAGGGACUUCAACAUCAACCCCAUCACACUCCGCAGAUGGCUGCUCUGCGUGCACGACAACUACAGGAACAACCCCUUCCACAACUUCCGGCACUGCUUCUGUGUGACGCAGAUGAUGUACAGCAUGGUCUGGCUCUGUGGCCUCCAGGAGAAGUUUUCCCAGAUGGACAUCUUGGUCCUGAUGACCGCAGCCAUCUGCCAUGAUCUGGACCACCCAGGGUACAACAACACAUACCAGAUCAACGCCCGCACGGAGCUGGCUGUGCGCUACAACGACAUCUCACCUCUGGAGAACCACCACUGCGCCAUUGCCUUCCAGAUCCUGGCGAGGCCCGAGUGCAACAUCUUCUCCAGUGUACCACCUGAGGGCUUCAGGCAGAUCAGGCAGGGCAUGAUCACAUUGAUCUUGGCCACUGACAUGGCAAGGCACGCUGAAAUUAUGGAUUCUUUCAAAGAAAAAAUGGAGAAUUUCGACUACAGCAAUGAGGAACACCUGACGCUGCUGAAGAUGAUUCUCAUAAAAUGCUGCGAUAUCUCCAACGAAGUCCGUCCCAUGGAGGUGGCAGAGCCAUGGGUGGAUUGUUUAUUGGAAGAAUACUUCAUGCAGAGUGACCGUGAGAAGUCGGAAGGCCUUCCUGUGGCCCCAUUCAUGGACAGGGACAAAGUGACCAAAGCAACAGCCCAAAUUGGGUUCAUCAAGUUUGUCCUGAUCCCAAUGUUUGAAUCAGUGACCAAGCUCUUCCCCGUUGUCGAGGAGACCAUGCUACGGCCACUCUGGGAGUCUCGCGAACACUAUGAGGAGCUGAAGCAGCUGGAUGACGCCAUGAAGGAGUUACAGAAGAAGACAGACAACUUGACAACUGGGGGCACAGAAAACGCCACAGAGAAGAACAGAGAUAAGAAAAACAGUGAAGGACAUUCUCCUCCAAACUGAUGGCUCAAUGUGUAGGGU